AUGCCCAACACCUCGCCACAGAAACAAAGCCACGCCACCCCCACGAACCCCUUUGGUCCUCUCAUUGCCACUAGCUUCCGCCCCAACGGCACCUUACGCCAGUACCACACUUACACCCCUGCCGCAGACACGCCCACACAAGACGACGCAUUUCGCCUUAGCGCAACGCAUGCUACCAAGCGACGAAACGCUCAGAGUGAAAGAAGAUUCGAUGGACGAGAAUAUACAGCCGGAGAUGGGGUCGCAACAGCCUCUGGGCGUAGUCGUAGCUGGGAUAGCUUGGCGGAAGGCGCCAUGGGUGAUGAUGUCGAGGAUAGUGGAGAUGAUGAAGGAAGUGAUGCGUCUAGUCGCACCUUAGGUCGGUCGGAAUCGUCUGGCUCUACUGUAGCAGGCGAUGGAGAAGAUGGUAAGGGGACUAGUGAGGGCGUAGGAGAUUCAGACGAGAGCAUGGAGGAUUCUGAGAGCGACAGGGGUGAGGACGAAGAGAGUGAGACGUCUAGCCACACGCUGGGUCUGAGCGAAGCCUCGGACUCUGGUGAGGACGGCGGUGAUGAAGAUAGUGAUGAAGAGAUGGGCGAGUCUGAUGAUGGAGGCGAUGUGUUUGGGGAGAGUUAUGGGGAGGGCAGUAGGAAGUAG